AUGGGCUUCGGCGACCUGAAAUCAGCCUCCGGCCUCAAAGUGCUGAACGACUUCAUGUCGGAGCGCAGCUACAUCGAGGGGUCAGUGCAGCACAACGGACGUGUUUGUGUGUCCGUCAGGCCGUCCCAUGCUGACCUCCCAUCAGUCUCCGCCCCCCCGUUGCCGAGAGCGGAGCUUGAUGAACUCCGUUUCUCUGAUGAAGACAGUCGGUCUCGAGGUACCCGGGAACACCUGCCCAGCUCUGAUGAUGCUUCCUGUCAGGGGGCCAAUCAGCAGCAAGAGGACAGCACCCGCAGCCAGUCAGGAGAGAGGGCCAAUCAGGAGAGACUGUCUGCACAAAUCACACAGCAGGAGGAAGGAGGGACACACUUACCACAAGCCCCGCCCCCAUAUUCACAAACGCCGGCCCCACAAAGGCAGACCCCACCUCCACACUGUCAGGCUCCGCCCUCUGUCCACAGGAAGGCCCACAGGAAGACCAACAGGAGGAAAACCAGUGACUCCUCGGCCUCCUCACAGCCUCACAGAGGUCCAGGCCCUGACCAGGAGCUGAGGCCCUGGACCCCCACGGAGCCGAGGCUCCAGACCCUCACAGAGCCAAGGCCCCGGACCCUCAUAGACCCGAGGCCCCGGACCCUCACAGAGCCGAGUCCCUGGACCCCCACAGAGCCGAGGCCCCGGACCCCCACGGAGCCGAGGCCCCGGACCCUCAUAGACCCGAGGACCCGGACCCUCACAGACCCGAGUACCUGGACCCCCACAGAGCCGAGGCCCCGGACCCCCACGGAGCCGAGGCCCCGGACCCUCAUAGAUCCGAGGCCCUGGACCCUCACAGAGCCAAGGCCCUGGCUGAGCUGGCAGAAGGAGAGGAGGGAGGCUCACAAAGAGGAGGCCUUCUCCUCGGACCACAGCGACCCCCUGGACCAGACUAUCGAGGAGGUGAUUCAGGUGUACUGUCAUGGCGUCAGUUCCACUCCCUGCCAGCAGGAGGACACAGAGAGCUUCCACGUCAGCCUUCCUACCUCCAUGGAAACACACAGUGACGACUGGGACUCACCUCUGCAGGUGGUUCUCCAGCGAGGUCAUGCACUUAGUGACACACCUGUCCAGGUGAGUCACACAGAGGGGCAGGACCUAAGCCGUCUCAUGGAUGUGCAGGUAGACCUGGAGGACCAGGUGUACUCGUACCAGCUCGACUCCGCCCUCCACAGCGACGGCAGACCAGGGGGUGGGGCCAGGCAGGACCAGGGUUUCUGGACUCUGCCCAUCGAGGAGGUGCUACCUGCCCCGGAGCGUAUCCCAGAAUCCUUUAGGGGGAAGAGCUGGGCGCAGAUCGAGCAGGAGGACGAGGAGAAGGUGGAGAGGCUGGUGCAACAGUUCAGACGAGGCCGGUUCCUCUGUUACUUCGACUCUGAGUCGCUGGCCAGGUACGGCAGGAGGAACAAAAACAAGGGGCGUGGUCAGUCCAAAGAGGCGGAGCCAGACCCCGGUGUGUUGCCACUGUUGGAGCAGCCCGACAGUGACUCUGUGUACGUGAGGAGGAAGAGGCGGGGCAGGACGCGGAGCUGCAGGCUGGCAUCCAGGUGUCAGGUGGUUAAAGUUAGUCACAGCACUCAAACCGUUCGAUUGGUUGUCCCGGCUGUCCAUCAGUUGACAGUGGAGGCCCCGCCCAGCAGCAUCCCUGCAGCUAAUCAGGAGGCAGCAGAGAGGACACCUGAGGCACAGGCGUGGCGCUGCCUCCCUUCGUCGUACUACAACAUCAUCACACCUGUGCAGCCGCGCACCUCGCUGGUCUACCUUCUCUGUUCCCCCUCAGGUCCCGCCCCUGCCUGCACACCUUCCCCAGGCUCCGCUCCCAAACGCUGCAGGAAAAAGAGGCGUCCACUCGACCAACACGGGUUAAAGGUGAAAUACAAGCAGCUUCCGGUGCGGUUCUACGAGCCUGGAACCAACCGCAUCCUAAAGAACGCACCCAAGGGCUUCCUGUGGCGCCGAGGCUCCGCCCCCACAGGCCCGCCACCUUCCUGCGUACGGCAGCUGUUCCGGAGUCUGAGUCCGGAUCUGAACACCGACAGACCGGCGGCGGCGGAGUGCGCCGCAGGGUCCUCCAGGGUCAAAGGUCAGCAGUCACCUGACCCACCCUUCAGCAACAGCAGCUUCCUCCUGAGCACGCUCCGUAGGGGCUCUGCUGAGACCAACAUCGCCAGGAGGCGGGGCAGGAUGUCUCAAGCCCCGCCCUCAUCCCUCGACAGCAGGUCUGAACGGGGGAGGGGUGGCAGGAGGGAGAGGACACGCCCACCAGCCUCUAAGAGACGAACCAGGGCUCAAGCCACGCCCCCACAGCCCAGGAGGGAGGGCCUACGCAGGGCUGGACUUGGCAGGAAACUCCCUGGCUCCACAGGCCCCGCCCCCCUCUCUGCCAUCCCCCCCUCAUCCCGCAGGGGGCGGGGCCGAAGGGGGCGGGGGGGCGAGAGGGGGCGCAGGUAGCAGGACACCUGUCCAGGUAACAGCCUCAUUAAUAAACAUGUAACAAUCUGCUGAUCGAUAAACCUGAUCAAUCUGAUUGAUCUUGUCAAUGUAGCAGCAGUAAAGUUUAUCAAUGAGGCUGCUGGACUUUACAAGAUCAUCUGAAGUCUGAAGUUUACAGUCGACAUUGAUUUCAAGCAGAGCUGUCAGAAACCUAAAUCCAGUUAUCAUUUUUAUUAGAGCUGAAGUCAGAACAGCUGUUUGAUGUAAAAGUCAGAAGUUCAGGUUUUAUUUGGCAGAAAAGACACAUUUCAAACCUGAUAAUCUAAAAGCCUAAAUAUGGACGUUUUCAUGACAGUAAAAAUCGUAGGUGGAUACAUUCCUAUAAAAUCAACCAAACGUUUAAAAGUUUGAGGUCACAGCAUUAAACGUUGUGUGGUCGGACAGAGGACCCAGGAUAGAACCCUGUGGAACGCCACAGUGUCUGGCGUAGGGUUGUAGAAACAAACAUUGGUUUUAAAAUAUGACAGUGUUAAAAAGCGGUUCCCCUCAGAGUGGAUCCUGUCUACAGAUGGUUCUGGUAGGUUCUGGAGGUAAACUGACCAGCCACCAUCACACAUGCUGAUAUAGCC